AUGGACGAGCCUUCUAUGCGGUCGUCGGAACCACGUUCCGGAAGCCCACGGCGCGGUUUGCUCUGCAGAGGCGCGCUGCUACGGAUUGGGGCACUCAUGGGAGACGCGGUGCCGUGCUGCGGCUGCCGGGGCCUCGACGCCUUUGUGUGUCACGCGGUGGGCAUUGUGCGGCACACGUUGCGGCGGGAUCACGGCAUCUCGGGAGUGUGCCCGGUUUGUAUUUUGUUUGUCGCGUGGUGUUGGGCGUGGAGCUCACGUCGCGGCGUGGUGCGUUGCUGCAGUGUGGCUGUGGCGAAGGUGCAAGGAGGCAGGGUAGACAUGACGCGCGGCAGGCGUACCUGCAGCUGCAGUUAG